AUGGUUAUAAUCAAAGAAGAUAACGUCCCAGUGAUGCAGUGGCCCUUGGGACGAAUUGUACAUGUGUACAAGGGUACAGAUGGACAUAUCCGAGUAGCUGAUGUUAAAACAUCGGCAGGCAUUUUUAAACGCCCAAUUCAUCGAUUAGCUAUACUGCCUGUAAAUACAGAUGAUCAACCAACAAUGGCUGAAGCUGAUCACGAAGUACCUCCUGACAAGUUAAUUAUGAAAAAUAGAAAAGAGUCGUAUGAAGAGCCCAAGACAAAACGUAGAAAACUGCCGACCAAUUUGUACUGUUCUGUAUUACUUACAUUAUUACUGAUAUUGCCAAUAGUAAUAGGAUCUCCAAUUGACAAUAAAAGGUUUGGUACAAAAUUGGGUAUUCACUUUGAAAAUCUGGGCACAACUGCCAUAUCAACCACUGAAUGGAAUCUACUAGUUUAUUAUGAUUUAAGUCUUUAUUGGACGGAAGCAGCAGCUCUAAACACAGGAAUAAUGUCGCUACAUCAAGCUUGUCAACAAAUGAAACCAAACGCAUCAUGUGCGAAUACAGUUAAUCACUUUAAACAUAUUGAAUCCGAACUACAACUCGAUGAUAAAUUACUUCAUGAUCAUCGUUUCAAAAGAGGAGCAAUUGAUCUUGUAGGCAAUAUUGCACAUUCACUGUUUGGAGUAUUAGACUCAGAAUAUGCCAAAGGAAUGUCAAAUAUAAUUACAGAAACAUCAGUUGUCGAUUCAACAAUCAACAUAAUGAAGAAAGAUAAAAUAGCAGUUCAAGAAGGUUUUGACCACAUUGACAAUGAAAUAAAGGCAUUGAUAAAUUCAAUAAAAGAUAAAAAUAGAGAGGUAAAUCAAUUACGGCUCAAUCAAGUUUUCAAUGCAGGAGCCAUUCAAUUAACACUGGUAGCACAUAAUCUACAGAAGAUACAAUCUACUAUUAUAGAUGCUCUAACUGAUACUCAUCAUGGAAAAGUGAAUCCAUUGUUAUUGACACCAACACAAUUACAAAAGGAAUUUAAUCAAAUCAAACUUCAUUUAUCACCAUCUUUAGAAUUACCGAUGCCAGAAGAUGAGUUAAUAUCCCUUUACAGACUAAUGAAGGUUAAAGGUGGAAUCACACAGCAGCAUGCAGUUUUUAGUAUAACACUACCCUUGAUUGAACAUGAACGAUUUGAAUUGUUUCAGCUAAUUCCAAUCCCGAACUGGGUAAAUGACUCCAUGACGGUAAUUGACUCCUGCAGUUCUAUUUUGGCUAUUAAUACGCAGCAUGAUCAAUAUUUUCCUCUUAUAAAAUCCGAAUUAAGUCUUUGUGAGACCAUUAAGGAAGAGGAAUUUCUUUGCACCAACGUCCGCAUACGAUACAAUUUUGGUUCCGAAGUAUGUGCAUGUGAGGUCAACCUAUUCAACAACAACACAAUACCAAACUGUCGGUUGAAACACACUAUCAACAAGCUGACCUGGAUUCCAUUGAAUCACAAAAAUCAAUGGAUUUAUGCGACAUCAACAUCUUCACGAGCAACUGCAGUAUGUAAUAAGGAAAUCAUACCACUAAAUCUAAAAGGUUCAGGUUUAUUGACGAUCGAUCCAGACUGCGUGCUUAAACACAACUUUGUUUCCGUACAAGGACAACAAAUAAUUGCAUGCACGUCAAGAUAUUCAUACAGUAGUCUUGGUACAAUCUCCGAAUUAAGGCUACAACCCCCUAUGAAGACAUCAGAUGCUUACAGCGGCAACAGUACACUAUCAACGGUACGCAACAACCAAUACGAUCAACAGCUUAAAGAACUCACAGUAUUGCAGAAGGUGUUACAGUCAUACCAGAUAAAUGAUCUUCCAAAUCAAUUUCAGUCACACAAGUACCACAGCUUCACCAUAGCUUACGCUGCACUCGUUAUAGGGCUGAUAUUAAUCAUAAUCAUGAUGAAGAAGAAAUUGCAGAAAAAACAUGUUGAAAUUCCAUCCGAUGAAGAAGCCACCUGCACAACACCUAUACCCAUGCCACGUCGACAGUCACGAGAAUUCGUUAUCAACAUAUAG